UAGAAGUAUGCCAAGUGCUUUUCGCGUUACGUGACGCGUCGUAUUCCCGGCUCUCGUCCCAUACUAUUCUAUAAACUGGGGAAGCGAGGCCCACAGGUCGGAAGCAAUUACUUUAGGAUAUCAAAAGAUUGAAGCAAGUAAUUAAUCAAAUCUAAACGCAGAGAGCCGAGCACAAAACCGCUACCAGCCAGUGCUUGCGUGCAGCUCCGCCCCUCUCUAGGCGAAGCCACUAAGCCUGACCCUUCCCGCGACCCGUCGUGAGGCGGAGCGAACGAGAGCGGGAGGCUUGGCGGGUAGUGCUGCGCUAUGGAACCGGACGGGACCUACGAACCGGGUUUCGUGGGUAUUCGAUUCUGCCAGGAAUGUAACAACAUGCUUUACCCCAAGGAGGACAAGGAGAACCGCAUUUUGCUCUACGCGGUGAUUCUCGAUACCCCCCAUUAUCCCAACCUUGAGACUCCAUCCCCUGGUCCUCCUCUCCGGGGAAGCCCCUGCCCUCCCUUUCAGUGGCCUCUUCCUGCCCCACGCGCCCUCCCGCAGUGCCGGAACUGUGACUACCAGCAGGAAGCCGACAACAGCUGCAUCUACGUCAACAAAAUCACGCACGAAGUGGACGAACUGACCCAGAUCAUCGCCGACGUGUCCCAGGACCCCACGUUGCCGCGAACCGAGGACCACCCGUGCCAAAAGUGCGGCCACAAGGAGGCGGUAUUCUUCCAGUCGCACAGUGCCCGUGCGGAGGACGCCAUGCGCUUGUACUAUGUGUGCACCGCCCCUCACUGCGGCCACCGCUGGACGGAGUGAACCACCCUCCCCCUCGUGGAAUAAAUGCUGUGUCCUGUGA